AUGACUGCUCGGUUUCUUGCACCGCUGAAUCAGGUUUUUUUUGCAGCUUUAGCUGACUCUAAUAUCACAGUUCCGCUGAAAAUGGAUCUUAUGGGACAGGAUUGUAACAUUUUUGAUAUGACUUCGGAGAUACUCGUAACCGAAUCAUGCAUUUCGUCACGAAUGUUAUCAAAAUCGGAAAAGUGUGGUACAGAAAACUGCCAACAAAAUAAUAAAACUGCAGCAGUUGCUAUUCAUGCAUCUCGAAGUUAUGGCUGUCCAAAAAAGCCAAAUGGGUAUACAUGCACAAUUCUACUUGCAGUGCUUGGAAAAUUAUAUAUUUUCUCGGAUGGUAAAGUGUGGACGUUCAAAGAUCGAAGACCUGAAGUGGCAGUUCGUAUCGGUAAGAUCUUUUCGCAUGGGCCCAAUUACGUUAACGCAUCAGUUUCAACGCAAUAUCAAACGUAUCUCAUAAAAGACCGAACCAUUUUCGCUUUUGAAGUCGACAAAACUACUGAACAUAAAAAAAAACAAGACACCCGAAACUGUCCAAGUCGGUCAGUUGCGUUCAGUUUCAGGAUAAAAGAAGGAUGGCCCAAAGUGCUGCAGAACAACAUUCUUUUCUUCCCACAGGCAGCAUUUCCUAUCAAGAACGGUAGUGCCAUAAUUGCUUCGGGAGAUGUAUUUGCAACAUAUAAUUUCAUGCACAAUGAGGUGUCAUUAAUUGGAGAUUUAACGAUACACUACCCAAACUUACCAGCCGACUUUCGAUCUGGCAUACCAUACCCCUCACAGCAAUUCGAGAUGUAUCAUUUCAUUGGUAUACACACACUGUACGAAUAUGAUAUGCAUAUGCAUCAAAUCAUAUUUGCGCAGCCACUUAAAAAAUACCUUUUAUGUUAA